GGCUCACUUCGAACGGCGACGGAUUGUGUUGGGUAUUUCUGUCUGGUGCUUCUUCUGCUCCGAAGGCUCGUACAACUAGGAGCCAAUAGGAGCAGUUAUCGUAAUUCGCCAACCGGUCAAUUGUGAUUGUUCCUCGGAAAACUGUCACGAAUCCGAGUUUUUCCUAUAGUUUUCCAAUGGAUGAGGGCAGUUCGCGAGUGAAAGAAAACCAAUUAAAAAGUAUAUUACGCCAGUUGGGCAAAUGAAGACAAACGGUUUCGCUUUUUCGACUUCGGGGUUUCCAAAGUUUCCUCCAGCUGACGGUGCCGCCUUAGCGCGAUAUAAAUUCGGAAUCUGCUGCUGCGUCUGCGAGUGGUAAAAGUUUUUCCCGUCGAGUUUUGUUCCGCCGAGAUCCGGGAGUGCGUGCGUAAAACCGGUAGCUCCGGAUGUGAUCGUCGGUCGUUCGCGAGUGAUUUUCUGGAGCAAAUUGAAAGUGUCCUCCUCGCGAGGGAUCUGGGAAAAUUUAUGGGGAAAUGAAGUUUUCCUUUCAAAGUUUUCAGGCAGUGAUUUGGUGACGGGUUUAGGUUUCGACACCAGGAGAAGCCGAGAUGUGAAGAAAAGAAAACCGGCGUUAACGAGAGUAGAAGAAAAUCGAUCGGUAGGGUUGGGCCAUUUCUUGAUUUUAUUUUUUCCACCCAAGCAGACGAAGAAGAAGAAAGAAACAGAAGGAGCAAUUCUGCCAAUUAGGGGUUGAUUUUGACCCAAUUAGUGUCGUUCGUUUGCCGUCAAGUUCCGAAAGUAAGUGUUCAAGAGUGUUGUAAUCCGAAAACAUCCGGCAACGCACCGAAGAUGAAAAGUAAGCACCACCAGUCAACUAAAUGGAAGCUAAGAGUAAGUCCCGUGUCUCGUCAUCGUCGUCCAAUGUCCAGCUGCUGCAACCUUUGAAUGAGUCCCGGAACGGUCGCCAGCCUCAGUCGCCGGCUCUAACCUCGAUCCUCCUUCAGCCGCCGGUCACAUCAGCUGCGUCAUCAAACGUUGCCACAUUACCGGCACCUGCCAUAGCCGGAACUGCGGUGAGAAAGAAACACAAGCCGACGUCCUCCGGUGCCGUCAAACAUACGGUCAAGUUUAAGGAAACCAGUGACCAAGAAAUCCUCGUUGUGACUGUUGAGCCACCUUCCCCCACUCCCCCGGCAUCUCCAAUCCAGAAAGCUUCCUCAACCCGGAACCACGUUCAACUACCAGUCCUCGGCGGCCAAGGAGCAGGAACAGGAGGACGAGGCACUCCCCAUCCAGCCAACACCGGAACAGGCCAGGCCAAAGUUACGGGACCGGAAAAAUCCACUAAGUCAGCGGCUCACGGCCAGCGAAGUGCAAAAAGUGCAAAAAAGCAACCGCCACAGUCAACCGGUUAUUCUGGUUAUUCUGGUGCUGGCAGCAGCGCAAAACCUCCCUACCAAAUCCCAAACCAACCAGGGCACGGUAGGGAGCUGCUGCUGCUUCCGGUUUCACCCGGCCAGCCGAGACUCGCCGAAGGAUGCACCACGUUGAUGUACGCCUGCCAACAGGGUCUGACCGAGGGAAUUGUUAAAGAGCUACGCGAAAAGCCGGACGUUGUCCACCGGCGGGAUCGGAACAACAAGAGUGCCCUUCACUACGCCAGCAAUUCGAGGGACAUCCUGGCCGCGGCCAGUGUCGCCAUGGUGGCCCCGGAGCUGAUUGAUUCGGCCGACGAGGAUGGCUUCACGCCACUUCAUCUGGCCGUCAUUCAGGGCAAUCUGCAGCUGGUCAAUCUGCUGCUGGCCAACGGGGCCGAUGUCAAUGCCCUGGACAACGAGGGACAUUCUGUCGUGCACUGGGCCACUGUUUGCGGCGAAGUUGAAGCGUUGCGAGCAGUUUUGAAUGCCGGUGCUGACGUGUCGACGCCCGAUAUCAAUGGGGGAAGUCCGCUACACUAUGCGGCCCAGAUGUGCGGUGCCAAUUACGAAGGCAAGACAGCACGCGCCUCGGCAAAACUGGCGCUGGAAAUCCUGAACACACUGCUGGCCCAUCCGGAUACUUCGGUCGAAGUCGAGGACAAGGAUGGCCGGCAGCCGCUGCUGUGGGCUGCCUCGGCCGGUUCUGCCAAGGCUGUCCUGGCUUUGAUCAAAGCCGGUGCACAGGUCGAAAGUGCAGAUAAGGACGGACUCACUGCCUUACACUGUGCUGCCUCACGAGGGCACACCGAAUGCAUAGAUGCCCUGAUAAACCUAUGCGGAGCUCACACCGAUCAAAUCGAUUCGAAUGGAUGUACGGCGCUGCAUUAUGCGGUAACUUUGGGACAUGCGGAUGCCACCUCGUUGCUGCUCAAACUGGAAGCCGACCCCAAUCGACAGGACCGGAAGGGCCGAACUCCGGCUCACUGUGGUUGUGCUAAGGGCCAGAUGGAAACGGUGAAGAUUUUGUACACCAAAAAGGGAAACUUGUGGUUGAGGAAUGCCAAAGGAGACUUCCCGGUUCACGAUGCGGCCAGUUCCGGCAGGAGACAGCUUGUCCAGUGGUUGCUGGAAAUGAAACCUAAGCACAUCAACACCCCAAGUAACGAUGGCCGAACUUUGCUGCAUAUUGCUGCCGGUCAUGAUAAUGUGGACAUGUGCAAACUUCUGCUGGAGUUCAACGCUGAGGUCAAUAACUUGUACAGACCGAACUCCAAAAGUGCACCAUUAACUCCACUGGACUACGCUUUAGCCAAAGGUUUUCGAUCAACGGCUAAGUAUCUGCAAAUGCAGGGUGGUCUUCCAGCAAACAAACUUCGUCUUUCGGGUCGGCAGCAGAAAAUUUUGCCUGAUUUGGAUAAGGUUGAACCUCUCAAGCUCACAGAGAAGGAAGAACUCAUCGACCUGAAAACCUCGAAACGCUAUAUAGUAUACCUAAACUCAAAUUCCGAAUCGGACAAUCAAGACGACAGAUCGCAUCGGAAGAGUAGACACAAACGGAAAGGAAGUCACCGGGGUCGUAGGACUAGCAGUUGUAGCGAUACGGUAUUUCUGUUUCGGAAGAACGAAUCGGAUAUCAGUCGAUCGAGGAGUAAUGUCGAAUUGAACAGAAGCCAUCACCACCACCAUCAUCAUCACCAUCAGAAGCAUCGAGGUAGUAGUGCCGAGUCGGUGACGUCCUCAUCCAGCGAAACGUCUUCGGAGGAAUGUUGUAGGCACGUGAAAAGGAAGCACAAAUGUUACAAAAAGUGUUCUUCCUCCAAGUCUUCUAGAUCCAGGGAGCGAUCCCACCGGGAGUCUCGAGAGAAAGUUGAAUCGAAAGAACCAAAAGAACCAAAGGAGUACGAAUUUAUGUAUGCGGAGAAGCGUGAAAGUGGACCAAGAAAACCAGGUGAACGAGUAGGGCGCAUAGUGCUGAAGCAGGUGCAUAGCGGGUCUUCGGAUAAUGAUUCUCCCGAGAAUGGUCGGGCGAGUAUGCAAUUAGCUAAAACGGGAAGGCUUUUGAAUGUUCCCCCCGAAUUGAUGGGGGAGUUGCCUGAAGAUUUUAUACCCAAACCUCCACCGAGAGCAGAGUUUAACAUAAGGAAGGAAUCUGAUGCCAAAUCGGAUGGCAAAUCCUCAGAUUCCGGGUCGAAGAAAAGCACCAAAAAAGGUCAUAAGGUUAACGGAAAGAAGAAAGCGAACGGGAAACAUAAAAAAGGCGAUUCUCCUAGUGAAGAAGAACACAAAUCUCCACCGGAAGCUAAACCGGUAGAAGAAAAACAGGGUGAAAGAAUUUUAACCGAAGCGCAAGUUCACGCAAUUCCAGAGAGUAUGGCAAAAUCGACAGAAGAUGACGGAGCAGCUACAGAUGCAACGUACACUAUCGAUCAGAAAAGCAAAUCGGAUUAUGAAGGUUUGAGUGAAUCAGAAACCGGAGAUAAGGCAAAAGGCAAAGGGAAAAGUAAAACCAGUCCAGAAACAAUAGAAGAAGUAAAAGAUGAAACCGUACCAGAAGUCCCGCCGGUGGUCCCUUUAGAGGUAAAGGAGGAGGUGGCGCCUCCAAAAAAGGACCGACCAAAGCUAAAGUCAAGCAAGGAAAGCAAAUCAAGUAAAUCUAAGUCCGACUCUUCGGACAAGGAAAUUCCAAAGCUAAAACUAAAGCCAAGGGAAAAGAAACCUGAGGAGGCACCGCCAGUAGAGGUAGUGCCGACGCCAUCUCCUCCAUCACCACCACCUGUACCCCCACCUCCUCCACCGCCUCCACCAGCCGAACCUGAACCUGAACCCGAACCGGAACCGGAACCUGCAGUGGUACCGGAACCAGAACCACCAGUCGAACAACCACAGCCCUUUCAAGUGCCUCAAGAACCCGAGCAACCGCCAGAACCUCCUGCCAUAGUUCCGGAAAUCGAACCAAAUCCCACGGUAGACGAAGCAAUCGUGCCACAAGACCCACCACCUCCUGAUCCGGAACCGGAUCCUCCUGAACCGGAACAAGAAGCCGAGCCAGAACCGGAACCCGAAGUGGAAACACAAGUAGAAACCGCUGUAGCUGAGGAGAAACUUUCCAGUCCCGAAGAGUCUCCUUCUAAAUCGAGUGAUGAAGUGGAACAACCCCCUACCGUUGAAGAGCAAAGUGAAGAUCAAGUUCCUCCCAGCCUUGAGGAGUCACCCAAGAAAGAGCGGCCAAAGUUGAAGCGAUCCCAGGAAUCGCUUAUGGAGCACGUUGAAGAGGAAGAAGUUCGCACCGAGGAAGAAGCAGUGGUCCCGCUAGCUACAGCUGUUGCCAUCGAUCAGGAUAAGGUCGCAAUGACCCGAAGUUUUUUCGUUAGCUUAGAUGAAGAGGGUGAGGCUGCUGAAGAGAAGAAGAAACGCAAGCUUAAGAAAAAGAGUAGAUCGAAGGAAUACGACGAAGAAGGCAGUAAGGAUCAGGAUUCGGGAUUCGAACCUAGUCCGCAAUCGAUCCGAAGCAAAUCAUCGGUGUUCGAUAGGCCUGCCAGUACAGCCGUUGUAACCAAAAAACCUCCUCCUGCAUUUACCAUGGUCGAAGAACGAGCUGCUAGCUCUAGGCCGGACAAUCGGAAGCCGGGUGAUAAGAAUGCUGUUAAUAUGACGACAGUCCAGCAAUCGAUUCAUCGUAACAUCCGAAGAUACUACAUGGAAAGAAAGAUUUUCCAACACCUGCUCGAGCUGAAAAGCCUGCAAAUCCGUUCGACCAAAGUCAACGAGAGCGUCCUGGUGAAGCGAGCCGUCGACGACUAUCAUCGGUCUACGAUUGAGCUGGGCUACGAAACGGGAUCGUCCCUGAAGCGCUAUCCCUACUCCGAGUACUCGUUCAAGAACUUCGAACUGUUCCUGUACGACACCCUGAAGAAUCUGCAGAAGCGCGAAACCUACAACUUCCAGAACAUUUCGGAGGUGUACGAUGAGACCGAACGAAGGCUGAGUCCGGAUGUGAGCCGUUAUGAGAGAGCCUUGAACUGCACCACCAAAACCCAUCGAUGUCUGCAUGCGACCCACGCCUACACAGGAAUACCUUGCGCAGCCUACAUACCCAUGAUGAACCACCACACGAUGCCGAAGGUUGGCUUUGGUCCGUACAAAUCGUCCGCCAGCGGUGUCGGAAGCUUCUUCCUGCCCAAAAUCCUGACCAAUCCGACGGAUCGGUACUGUGCCGGUAGCAGUGGCGUGGCAGGAACAGCCGGCGGCUAUGCACUCAGCAGAGACCUCCCCUCUAAGCCACAGGGAAGUCCGCGGAAAGUCAGCUUCAGCAACAGUCCAAGUCCCAAUCAGCAGCAGCAGGAAAUGCUCUACAGCAACAACAGCAGCAGCAGCAGCAGGAAUCCCAUCCAAGGUCAUGUAGCGAUGCCCAGCAUCCGGAACAGCAACGGAAUCAAUGGCAACAUAAUCAGCAACAACAACAACACCCACAGCAACCAUGUUCCUCUUCCGGCCUUUCAGCCGUUGUAGAGGAAGAUUCGAAUCUGGAAUCGAGCAGCACUGGACCAUGCUCCACGUAGCGUGGUCAGUGUUGGCCAAAAUGUUUUUAAAUGCUUUGAAAAUUGGACGUGUUAUUUUUGUUUUUCAGUUUAUGAAAUUUGAGAAACGAAACGUGGUUGUUGUAGUUAGGCUGAAAUGUUCCAUUUGAUUUUUUUUCUAAAUUUUUAAAACAGCAAAACAACGAUUCACUGCCAGAAAUUGGUUCAUUUUUGCCCAAGUAGUGUUAUUUCAUAAUGAAGUAAAGAAAAAAAUCAGCGACGCUAAAGCAGACGGUUUUAUUAAUCGAGCGAGACCCUUUCUUGGGAUCGAAAUUGAAAUUAUAUAAACAAAUCUUUAACGAUGGAAACGCAAAAGUUCUAAAGAGAGAUGGUAGUUUUAUUGCUCCCCAUGCAGUCUGGGAAAGUCGUUCGUCCUCCGGACGAUGGCGACUUUUGGAGCGAAGAAUAUCCUGAGCAACAGGUCUAGUGGCUUUACUUUGUCUUCAUACAAACAUUGUUGGAAAAAAGUUUUCUUAUAUAUGUAAAUAGGAAGGAAAUAAACAGAUAUACAGUAACGUUUCGGCUAUAUCUUUUC